GGUCAGGUAGACGGGAGGAGUUGGCGGUAGGCGUGUGGGAGAAGCGCGUUCUUCCCCUUUCCUCACCACAGAGAAAAAGAAUGGAGAAGAAGACGUCACCUCCUCUGCCUUCCAAGGGAUUCGAUCGAGAGAGACAGAGAGAUAGAGAGAUGGAGAGGGUCUUCUCGGUGGACGAGAUAGGCGACUCCUUCUGGGCCGCCUCCCCUGCCCCGCCGCCGGGGCUCCCUCUUCCGCCCGGCGGAGCCGCUAUGAACCGGAGCCCCUCCGAGUGGUAUUUCGAGAGGUUUCUGGCAGAGGAGCCCACCCCCGCCCCUACCGCUGCCUCCUCCUCCCCCAACCCUAACCCUAACCCUAGCUUCCAUCCCAACCCCAACCGUAACGUGCCCCCCAAUCCGAGCGCCUCCUCUUCCGUCGUGGGGUCGAACUUUUGCGAGGGUCGGAGGGAACUGGGACGAGUCGGGGAUGAUGAGGUGGUGGAGAUUAAGGCGCCGAUCGUUGUGGCUGUACCUCCACAGCCUUCCGAUCUGCCGGCUACCGUCGAUCCCGGGCACUACCAAACGCUUUUGAAGCACAAGCUGGACAUUGCCUGUGCCGCUGUCGCCAUGUCCCGGGUACACCCAGGUUCUAGUGUUCAAGAUUCUGCUUCUAUAGCUGACAGCAUGUCACCGAUUUCAGAUGUUUCGCAUCUUGGUUCUCAAGCACCUGUGAAGGGAAAUGCUUCUACAGUGCAACAUAAGGCAGGUGGUGGACCUGGUGGAGUCCCAGCUCUGUCCAUUUUGCAGAAUUCAGGCACGCAAGGUAGGCCAGCUACUAGUGGUUCAUCAAGGGAGCAGUCAGAUGAUGAUGAUGAAGUUGAAGGAGAUGCAGAAACCAAUGAUAAUAUGGAUGUAACCGAUAUAAAACGCAUAAGGAGAAUGCUCUCGAACCGAGAAUCAGCAAGACGUUCAAGGAGGAGAAAGCAAGCACAUUUGAGUGAGCUUGAAGUGCAGGUCUCCCAAUUAAGAAUUGAGAACUCAUCUCUCUUAAAGCGGCUAACCGACAUUAAUCAGAAGUACAGUGAUGCUGCAGUUGACAAUAGGAUAUUGAAGGCAGAUGUGGAGACAUUAAGAGCUAAGGUGAAAAUGGCUGAGGAGACAGUAAAGAGGGUAACUGGAGUGAGUCCUUUGUACCCAAUCAUCUCUGACAUGUCAAAUAUCAGUUUAUCCUUUGCUGGGAGCCCAUCCGAUGCAACCUCCGAUGCUGCUGUUCCUGUCCAUGAUGACUCAAACCACUUCUACCAUGUGUCCCCACAUGAGCAGAGGGUAACCACCUGCCUUCCAGACAUUGGGGUUGCUCCCGCAGUCGAGAAUGCAGUCCGUGGUGCUGCGGCUGCAGGGAGGAUCGCUGGACCCGCUUCCUUGCAGCGGAUAGACAGCCUGGAGCAUCUUGAAGAAAGAAUGUUUGGAGGGCCAACCUCACCCCUGCAAUGGGAUACCGCUGCAUGGGAUCCCGACACCUCCCUCACCAACAACAAGAACUAAGUCAGUCUAAUGGACAUGUAAGACUAUAUUAUAUUUGAUGUUGUAAGCACAUUGUGCCUUGUGAAGAAGAUUGAUUUGCUUUUUAUUUAGGACGCUAUCAUUGACAACCUCAACUGUGCUGUUUGUCCUGAUGAUUAUUUACUUCGGAUGGAUCUGUAAUAAU